ACUACAUUUCCUAUCAUGCAACAUGAUCAGGACCCCUUCUAUCAAAUGGAAUUUUCUGUUAGCGUUAUUAAUACAAAGUAUACCUGCUUUUAAAUUGUCGCGUAAGUCCUGACAAGAAGGGUUUUUAAAGCCGUUGUUGGUUUUGAUGUCGCUUUUUAUUCCUCCCGGACCGCUCGUAUUUCCUGUCGGUUUUAUUUCCUGGUUGGGGGUUGUGUUGCUCAGCUGGUUUCAGCACACAGCAGACAUUAAAACCUCGAGAGCGAGCGAGCGAGCGGGCAAGCGCGAGGGGGGGCACAGAGAAAGCUGGACCAGUGAGCCUGGCUGGAAUAGCGAGAGACACCCAGACCGCAAAAAUCAGGAGCACCGGAAAGCAGAGAACUGCAAUCGCAGGCAAAGCAAACGGGCGAGGCAGGGGGGUGUGUGUAUUGACAGAUACAUUUAUACGUCUCCCUAAAACCUAAUAAAGUGUGCCAUAUUGAAAUGGCAGGGUUGGAGGGGGCAAGCUAGUGCUCCAGAGCAUCGAUAGCAGCGGACUGCUGCCUGCCGGCCGCCGCACCACACGGCUCGGACCAAGCAGUGGAGCACCGCGCCUCGGCCCUUCUUAGUGAGACAGUCUGAAUUAUUGACAGUUACUGAAAGAGAAAUAGCGACACGGACAUCACGUUGUAUGUUUUAUGUGACAUCAUUUGAUUUCACUCGGUGUCCAAAGACGUGCGAGAGAAUAUGCGGGCAGGAGAAACAGUCCUGACUUGUGCACUUGGCCGCCACCGGCUUUUUUAAUUGGGGACCUCUGCAUCGCAGUGGCUUACAAGCGUUAGUCGGGAUCGUUUAACCGCCAUAGCAGGGGUGAAGAUUUGUUUCAUCUCGUCUGGCUAAAACUACGCUUUCGGAUCGUUGGGGCGAUUCUCAGGUGCUAGUUUACACCUGUGCACAUCCAUACAGCAACACAGACGACAUAAUCACCCACAGGCAGCGGUGGCACAGUCUGCGAUCUCUCUAAUCUCAUUCAUUUUGACUGCAUCGAUUCCUGCUUUGAGCUUGGAAUUGCCUUCCCGGAAGAGAUGAAGAAGUUUUUUGACUCACGCCGGGAGCAGGUCGGAUCGGGACCCGGUUCUGGAGCAGGAGGUGGAGGAUGCAGCAGUUCCGUGACAGGGAGCAGCUAUGUGGGCCGAGUGUUCAGCGUUGGUCGCCACCAGGUUACCGUGGAGGAGACACUUGCAGAAGGUGGUUUUGCCCUUGUGUUUCUUGUGAGAACACAUCAAGGUGUGCGCUGUGCCCUGAAGAGGAUGUAUGUUAACAAUGAGCAUGACCUGCAAGUAUGCAAGAGGGAGAUUCAGAUCAUGAGAGAUCUUGUAGGGCACAAAAACAUUGUGGGCUUUCUUGACUCCAGUAUAACAGCAGUUGGAUCGGGAGAUGUUUGGGAAGUUCUCAUCUUAAUGGAUUUUUGUCGUGGAGGACAAGUUGUUAAUCUAAUGAACCAACGCCUCCAGACUGGCUUUACGGAGGCUGAAGUCCUGCAAAUCUUUUGUGACACUUGUGAGGCAGUUGCAAGACUUCAUCAGUGCAAGACGCCCAUUAUUCAUCGAGAUUUAAAGGUGGAGAACAUCCUGCUCCAUGACCGAGGACAUUAUGUCUUGUGUGAUUUUGGCAGUGCAACCAAUAAAUUUCAGAAUCCUCAAAAUGAUGGAGUGGGAAUAGUUGAGGAGGAGAUUAAGAAGUAUACAACCUUGUCAUAUCGUGCUCCAGAGAUGGUGAACCUCUAUAGCGGCAAACUCAUCACCACAAAGGCAGACAUUUGGGCAAUGGGCUGUCUGCUUUACAAGCUCUGCUUUUUUACCUUACCAUUUGGAGAGAGUCAAGUGGCUAUCUGUGAUGGCAGCUUCACCAUUCCUGACAACUCUCGAUAUUCCCAGGACAUGCACUCUCUCAUCCGGUAUAUGCUGGAGCCAGACCCAGACAAGCGCCCUGAUAUCUACCAGGUUUCAUAUUUUGCCUUCAAAAUGUCUAGAAAGGACUGUACAGUUCAGAAUGUGCAGAAUUCUCCUAUUCCAUCAAAGCUUCCUGAACCAAUCCGAGCAAGUGAGGCUGCAGCCAAGAAGAGCCAAACCAAAGCCAGGCUGACUGACCCCAUUCCCACUACAGAGACAUCUAUUGCCCCUCGUCAACGACCAAAAGCAGGGCAGACUCAGCCAACUGCUGGCAUCCUUCCCAUACAGCCAGCCCUCACUCCACGCAAAAGAGCUAAUGCGCCUGUUGUAACACCUCUUCAACAAGGGCCUCAGUCAACAGUAGCCAGUACUCCUAUCCAACCACAGAAUGUCCAAGCCUCACAGCCUCCAGCUUCACAACCGCAGACCACGCACACCCAACCUCCACCUUCUCAACCACAGGUCCCAGCCUCUCAGACACAAACACCAUGCACCCAGCCACAGGCAAAUCCCCAACAACAGCAGCGCUUCCUGAAACAACAACAGGGGGCUUUUUUUAAUCAGCAGCAGGCAUUGCCAGCUCAGCAGACGCUGCCUCAUUCCCGGGCAGACCACGGAAUAGCUCAAAAAGUGGGAUCUCUGACCCCUCCAUCCUCACCAAAAACUCAACGCGGUGGACAUCGACGCAUCCUGAGUGAUGUCACUCAUAGUGCAGUCUUUGGGGUCCCAAUCAGCAAGUCCACCCAGCUGUUACAGGCUGCUGCUGCAGAGGCGAGCCUCAACAAGUCCAAAUCUGCAACCACUACACCCUCUGGGUCUCCCCGUUCCUCCCAGCAAAAUGUUUACCAUCCCAGCAUUGAACAGCCUGCUUCUCUACGUAGCCCUACAGAGGCUGCCAGCUGGAACCCAUUUGGUAAUGAUAACUUUUCCAAGCUGACAGCUGAGGAGCUGCUCAACAAAGAUUUUGCCAAGCUGUCUGAUGGUGAGAGCUUAGCUAAACAUGUAGAAGUGGUGAGCUCCUCGACAGAAAACCUGAUUCCAGGACUGCAGCCAGCCCCUAGUGCCCCUUCUGGCAACUUUGGUGAUAAGCCAUUUUCUCCUGGUACUGCUGAAAGACCAUCUGAUAUUCUGGGUCUCGCUCCCGGCUCUGGUCUUUUGAGUGUGCCGGAUCCAUUUGCACCUGUUUCUCUCUCUGAGACCCCAGAGAAGCUGAUUGAGGGGCUAAAGUCUCCUGAAACUUCUCUGCUUCUUCAUGAUCUUCUGCCUCUUUCUGACCCUUUUGGCAGUUCUGUGGACAGCUCCAAUGGAAAGUCGGAUGUCUUGGUGGACUCCUUGAUUCCAGGACUGGAACCACCACAGGCUCAGCGCUUGACAUCUCAAACAGAUUCAAUUUCUUCAACUCUCACAGACACUUUGACGGGGGAGGACCCUCUCCUUGGCUGUUCACUGCUCUCUCACCCCACCACCACCACUGCUGGUGCUGCUGCUCCUGUUGCUACAUCCUCCUCUUCUGCUGUCUCUGCCUCCUCCACCCCUGUCUCUGCCUCAUGUGCCAGCCUCAGCCUGGAUGAGUUUGCACCCGUCUCCCUUUCUGCCCAGCUACACUCUGACUCUCCCAACCUGAUCUCGGGUUUUGACCUUCCCGAUGACUCAGAGAAAGUGACAGAGGAUGAGUUUGAUCCUAUCCCUGUUCUCAUCUCUAAAAACUCUUCCCAAGGUGGUCAUUCUCGAAACAACAGCAGCAGCUCAGAGUCCAGUCUUCCGAACUUGGCCAGGUCAUUGCUCCUUGUUGACCAGCUUAUUGACCUGUGAAAUGCAGCACUGGGGAGGGGGGAAUCGCACAAAAGAUGCCCCAGUUAAGUCCCUCCAAAUCCAGGAUCAAUCUUGUCCCCUUGGGUGGCCCCCAGAUGUCCACUAUGGAGUGUGCACUCAGACUUUCCACUCUUGGGAUUCUGUUACCUCCUCAACAUUUGAACUUUUGGUUUCAGAACUCUCACUCUCUUAACGUCUGCUGUUCUCCCUGGUGUGACUUUUCUUCAGCUCUGUUACGCUUUUCUGUUUGGACCUGUUUGCUCCUCUGAAGAACACUUUCACAUUCACCGAGGCAACGUUUGCUGAUGUGGCAGUGUCACCCAUUUUUUUUGAAGGCAGGGAGAGGGUCUGAAUUCUCACCACCCCAAAGCUGUACAGGCUCCAGAGUUAAUUGUAUCUUGUAGUGUAGUCAUUCCUUCUAGCCUUUGCACUGGAGACUGAAUUCCCAUUUUUUUCCACACCUUAUGAACACACAAUGCAGUACAUGUGCCUCUGCACAGAACCUAACAACAAACUGAUGAACCAAGCUUACCAUGCUUAUCGAUUUAAUGAAAUAUUUUAUAGGGUGUAGGUUUUUGGUUGAUUGGUUUGUAUUUGUAUAUGUUUUAUUCAACAAUAGUUUUUUUUCCAUUUCUGUCAAAGUUUAAUCAGACUUUUUUUGCCUCUAGGACAUUGUUUCUCAAAUGGUCUUUUAUUAUAAAGUACAAGCAUUUUUAUACCAAUUGGCAGUAGGGAUUUUAAAAUAAAUCUGUUCAUUGCAAGUAAAAAAAAAGUUCUAUUUGGGAAUUCAGCCAGUAUGAAAUGAUGCUUAUUUCUUGAGAAUAAUUGUAGGAAACAUUAUGGUUACCUGAAGGUGUCAUCAACCAGUUAUUGUUCAAUGCUACUUUUAAAUGCCUGUAUUUCUAACACUGUUGGGAAACUCUGUCCUAGAAAUCUGUGGUCUGCUCUGACAUGUCUGUCAUAUAUUCCCUGCUGCCAUUCUUUCUUGGCUGUUUGUCUGCAUUUGUACUCUGCAGCAUCAGUAGAAAACAGCAGUUGAUUUAAGAAGAGAAAAAGUUAACUACUGUUUAAAAAAAUAAAGCUCACUGUGAGCUUUCGUAUAGAAUUCGUGGCUUAGAGGUGUGAGCUUUUAAAUUCAGCAUUUUACUUUUCGGCUAUCAUUAUGGGAUGUUCUCUUUGAUCCUAUCAGAAUCAGGCCAUGGUAAGGACAAUCAUUUGCAUCUGUCAGGUUGCCUAUCUGCCUGUGCAGUGUUUCUGAGGUUAGUUUUUUGCAGUUUGGUUUCCAACUUUUCCUUUACUAAUUAAUUUAGGUUUACCAAUGGUUCUCUGUCCACAUCCUAAUAAAGAGUUUCUGUUUUGGUCUAUAAUUAUGGGUGGAAGUAGGGAUUAUAAAUUACUUGCAUGAAAGUCUAUAAGUCUUUUCAAUUAAACAAUAUUUAAAGAUUUUUUUUUUCUCGUAGCUACAACCUUUCUUAGACUUAGAGUCAGAAAGAGGAAGGCAUAUAGCUAUGGUUUUUGUCCAACAAUAUCAAUUGCUUUGGAGGACAGACAGGAGGUCUUGGCCCUGUGAUAAAUAAUACCUGAUAUUAGAGUAAUAAAAAAUAUAAAUGUGGACAUUUUUCUGGUAUAAAAAAAACCAUAACAAUAAACACUUUAUGAUUGAGGAUGUGCAUUCUAGUUUCACACAGAUGUUUCAGAAUUUAUUUUUAAAGUGCACUCCUCAAAGAUGUAUAUGCAUUGCUUGUUUUAAAUUGGAUCCUGCUAAGCAAUGGUAAUUAUUUCUAGCCAUACAAUAAGUGAUGGAUUCAGUUGUAUUCUAAUGCUUUCUUUUUAUACAAAACAGUGUAUGCAUGCAGUUUCUCUGCUUUGUCGCUGUCAAUCCCAUACACCUAUGCUUAAAUAUGAUCUCAUUAAGGUGUACUGACCCUGCCUUAGUAAGGGUACACCACUUGAGUUCCAUGAGAUUAAUUGCACUGUCUCUCAGAAUUAUAAUCAUAUUUAGCUGAAUCCAAGAGUUGGAACCAGUGAUAAAAUGAACAGAAUGUAAUCAUCUGGCUCACUCCGACCCUCGAUUUAAGUCCGAGUCAUUGUGUCUGUGUAUAAAGCGGAAUUCAUUAUAGUAAAUAGGUAUAUUAGGUCUUUAUAGUGUUGGAGAGUUACUAUUGCACGGAGACAUUCCUCUGUAAAUAACCAGUGUUUUUUUUUUUAUGUACACUUAUUUCCUCCUGAAAUAUUGACAGUCUGCUUAUACUGUACGUUUGUCUGUUCUAGAAAGGGAAAAAAUAAUAAUAAUUUGAAGGGACUGCCAGUCAUGCUAACUCCUACCUUGUCUUUUCUCCUGAGUUACUGGUAGCGGCUGAAUUUUCUUACUUUAUGUGUGUGGGAGUGUGUGUGUCCUAUUUUUGUUUCUUUUAAUGUAUAUAUUAAAAUUACCACAAACCAAUUCCUGUAAUUAAUGUUAUUCCAAGUGUAUACAUAAAAGAAAAUUUUAAGAAGCUUUCCUUUUUUGAAUAAAUGGUACAAAUAGUGUUUAAAAUAAGAUCUAAUAAUUUUCACAGUAUGAAUAAGCGUGAAUAUAGUUAGUAUGAUAUAGGGUGAAUGUAAGAAGUGAGUAUUGGAAAUAUACAGUACAUAUAAAUAUAUAUAUAUACAUAUAUAAAUAAUAUAGUUUUAAGAAGAGACAUUUUCUGUGGUUUAUCAUUAUUUCUCAACUUAAUGUUCAUUUUUUUAAUCUGACUCUACCAAGUAUUUCUUUCUCCUUUCUCUUCCUGUGUCACAAACAUUCUCUGGCAAAGGUAAUGAAUGUUAAAUUUCUAAUGUUAACAUAAUCAGCUGUGCAAUGCCUGGUUCUCUCAUAGCCGAGGUUCAAAAAAUCCCUUUAGUUUUCAUUUAUCUUGGGAUGACACCACAGAACUGGGUGCUUUGUUUUUGAGGGUGUUCUUCAGCUCUGGCUGCCCUUCUGUUUAGUGGCAUAACAUGCAGAGAGGUUGGUCUCUGUUGAAAGACAAGGCAUUUGUACAUUUUAAAGGGACAAGGCAAUUAAGAUUCCAAAUAUGUAUAUGAUUCAAGUUUAGUUUUGUAAUAUGAAAUGAUGGAUAGCAUUACAGACUGCUGAAUGAUUAUUGAUACAUGCAAGGCACAGUAAAUAACUGACAGCUGCAAAACCUUCUCAAAGUAGUCAAUUUGUGUGGAAACAGCUGACCUCCAGGUGACAUGUCCUGGAAUGUGGUCUUUGCAAGUCCCUGUGUCUCCUAGUUAUUAUUACACUCCUGUUAAGUGAAUAACUCGCCUAAAGAAUGUAGAAAUUGCAUUUAAAUAUAUUUUCAUUGACUUGUUUGAAUGAUAAGUACCAGAAUUGGUCUAGCUUACUUUACAUAGACCAAGCUUUUCUAAAAAGACACCAAUUACACUUGUGUGCAGUGGAGGCAAGAUCCCAGAGCUAGGCAGGAGUGACAAAUCUGACAACUGCUUGCUUUAAUAUGGAGGCAAGUCUUGUCAUUGUGGAGGUAAAUGAAACUCCGCUCUAUGUCAUCCACAGUUCUUGUACUAUAGAAACACUCUUUCUGGUGCGUGUAUGAGUUAAGUUAGUUAUCAAGCCCAUGGUGCACUAACAUCAUAUUUGGUGGUACUUUUAAAAAGAUUUUUGUUGUUUGGUAUUUUAAAAUACUUCAAACCUAUUUGGUAAUUGUUCUACUCAAUACUUGUGUAUUGUUUGAAUUGAUGGAAGAAAAUCAGUGACUAAUUUCUCAUUUGCAAAUAAGGACCAAGCUUAGCAAAAUUCUCCUGUAAAUCCAUCAAUUAAGAUGGGAGCUGCAUAGGUCCAGCAGAGAUGAUUCAUUACACCUGAGUAAAUCCAAUUUAAAGGAAUACUCCCUGCAAAAAUCAUCGUUUUGUAUAUAUUACUUUCCCUGUUUAGUCUGUAGCGCCGACCAAGGAUAAUUUUUAAUGUCAUGUUUUCAUGCAAAUUGAAGAUAACAAUGUUUCUGAUAGAAUAGGCAUCUAUGGUGCCUGGACAACAGCAAACAAUACCAAAAACGUCCAUAAAAAAAACUUUUGUUGCCUUUGUUGCAUAAUCUACAUUAGAAAUCAUCCAGUCAUAUGCUCACACCAUCCCAAGUAAUCACAACAGAUUUUUCAUUGGCUAAAAUCUUGCUUCACGUCUAUUCCUUUAAGCUAAUUCUUCAGCAAGCAUUAUAAAAAUUCUUAAGUUACAAACAGGAUUUGUACAUUUUUUUUUAUGAUUCCAGCACCUGAUUUUUCAAAGUUCAGUAGCUUGUAACUAAAUCCACUAUACAACGUUUAACAUAGUGAGUGUCUCUGUGUAUGUAACUGUUUGAUGGGCAAACCAUGCAAUUAUGUACAGUAUGUAUUCAUAGAGGAGAGAUUACCACAUUUGUUUUAAUGUCCUUAAGUGGCUGUCUUUAAGGUUUUUUGCUAUGUUCACUGGCUCACUUGAAGUUGCCCUGCACUCAUAAGAGUGCCUCUGAUCUCUGUUCAUAUCUUCUCCUUGUCCUCCUCACAAGGCACUCCUUCCAUUUUGAUUCAGACGCAUUUGCUAAUGCAAAGUGUUGAGGAGAAUAUCUUUGCAGUAUUAGAGUUUGUAUGUUAUUCUAUGAAAUUCAUUCCUGGACAGCUGUUAAAUGUUUCAGACUGACCAGACAAGCUGUUAAACCAUGUUCAAGUAGCAAAUCUUAAUAUAAUUGAUCAGGGCAGUUAAUACGCCAGAAGUCAGAGUUGGGAAUUCAACCAAAAACAUGGUCACCUAAAAUCUAGUGCUUUAGCAGUUAGGCCGCACUACCAGCCUGAUAGUAUAUUUUGUUGCGUCUGGGUGUUUUAAAAGGAUACGGAUUUACUGGGUUGAAAUGUGGCAACCAAAAGGAUGAGGAAGCAGGAGCAAUCUCCACUUUGACUUUACCUGGAUGUAAAAAGUUAAAAUGUAGAUCUCCUCGCUUUUGUUAGUUACUUUUCUAAAGGGAUUUUUUUACCACUUUUUUAAAAUGACAACAUUGCACAGAUAUCUUGACACACUGGAUUAUUAGAAAAAAUGAAGUUGAUGUAAAUAUUAGCCUUAUCUGCAAUUUGGAGUUAAGGAAGGUUGCUGUUGACAGAGUGAAGAUAUGUUUUCUCUCUCAUGUCCUCCAAUAUUGUAUUUGAAUGGAAAACGCUGUGGGCUAUGGAGGUGGUGUGUGUCUCAAGUAAGGGGUUAUACAAAGCCUAACUCUGAACUUUGUUCUGGUUUCUGAAAAGUCAUUUAUAUAUGUUCAUCAUGCUCAAAGUAAAUUGCUCCUUUUGUAUUAAUCAGCUGAUCAUUAUUUUAUAAAGCGUCACUAUCAAGAGGUAGUGUCACAAGGUGCUUUACUUUCGCAAUACUUUCCUAGUGGAGAUCCAUUUUGUUCUGUUUAUGUUUGUAGGAAAACAAAUUUUCCCCCAGUGUGUGUAUCUAAAGUAGCUUUUUACGUUUAUCUUCCAUCAUCCAUGACCCUUGCAGUUCCUUCUUAGUGCUCCUAGCCCAACAAAAUGCUCUGAUGGCAUCCUCAAAUGAAGACCUCGGAGCUAACCCACUGACUUAGCCACACAUCCAUCUCAGUGAGCCCAAGAGAUAUGACUGUCUAAUAUGCUUUGUAGUAAUUGGAAAUGGCAGACCAAAAGAGAAUCAAAACCAAACUUGUGUUGUGGGGUAUUCAUUAUGCUUCAUUUCUUGGAAUACCUAUUUUCCAAAUGCCUUUCUAAGCUCUUUCUUAAGGUGAUCUGCACAGUUUUCCUGUAGCUUUUUCAUUUCUUCUUCAGCUCUUCUCCUGGGGAUCAGGAUUAUGAAGGACCACUCUAUUCCUGAUGUCCUUUAUCUCACUGAGGGGGUGUUGUGAGCUCAGUCUGAGAGCUGCUGUUCUGGAAGGCUGAGGUGCUUGUAGCUUUACUACUCAACUUGAAGCCUUGCUGAUAAAAACAAAGAAAAACAUUUCUGGAGCCCACCCUCCAAACCAGAUAAUGAAAUUGUAGGGUAUGACAAGAUUACUAGCACUUGAGGCCUUUAAAUUGUAUAAGGCAGCAGUAACAAAGGGAACAUCUUCUCUGGUUUUUAAGGUGGGGUUAAUAUUUACUCUAGUUGCUUUAUGUGAUUUUUGUCAGAGCCAUCUGCUGUUUUUUCUUUUUGUCAUAUGCAGUAUACUGUGACAGCCUAUACUCCUCUUCAAAGCAACAAUGUUUUUUUUCUUUUGACUCUAGUGGGAUUCUUACAACUUCCAUCAAGACAUAUUUUGAUGUUAGAUGUGUAAUAGGUGGUUUUUAUGAACAAUGAGACCACCUUCUCUGAAACAAUGAUGUUACCUCUCUUCCAGUCAGCAUACUCUGACUGAGACAAUUUUAUGUGUAUUUGUUGUCAUUUCGUUCACUUGUGCUUUUUAGGUUUAUAUGUGUGUAGUUAAGUUGAGUUGAGGAGUAGGAGUUCAUCUGUUUCUCUCUAGGAGUUUGUCCAUGAAUUCUAUAAUAGAUGGGCAUUUGUCUUAUGUUUAUCAAGCUGGGCAUACAUUUUGAACUACAGUGCAUGUGCAGAGUUUGGAAAGUCCAUGAUAUAACAUCAUGUUUAAAGACUUGGUGGAGAUUGGGCACAUUUGUGUUGGGAGAUAAACAUCCUUUGUAGAAAUGUAUAUGGUGGUCCUAAUCUGAAAUGAUUACCUAGUGUAGUGCUGGAGGCUGAACUUUAUUGAGCUCAUCAAAAUGACCAAUCUCCUUCAGCACUUCUGCCACUGCUUGGCACUAAUUUAGAACUUAAAGUUCACACUUAGCAUACAAAUACUGGAUCUUUCAGUUUUAAAAGACAAUAAAAAUGUAUAAUUAUUUUUUUUCUCCUUUUGACUGCAUUGUCUGUCUUCAGCAUAAUUGUAUUUUUAAACUGUCAUUUCUGUGUCAACUAGUUUUGACCUGUUGGUUUGCCAGCCUGGUUCAGCACUGGUUUGAGGAGUCUGGAGUCAAACUGGUUAGGUUGGCUAUAGUUAUACACCUACAUCUGGAGUGCUCACACACUAACAGCAGACAGAACAUGGAAAACAAAAUAACAUUUCUGCUUUUAUUCCCAUCCAUUUAUUUUCAAAACUUGUUUUAUCCAUUGUAGGACUUACCUUUAUCUUAACUACAUUAGGAACCAACCAUGGACAUUGCACAUCCAUACACAAACUGAAACUCACUCAUAUGGGGUAAAUUUCAAAUCCCCUGUUUUAGAAUGCUAUAAGAAACCAGUGCACCUCUAGAAAAUAUUCAAAGAAAACAUGCAAACUCCACCCAUUCAGGCACUGGCCUCAGAAUGAAGUACACGUUCCUGGAGCUGUGAAAUGGCAGCUGCAGCAGUACUGACCACUGUGCAAUAUUACUGAGUUGCUCUCUAGUACCUGAGGUUUGGAUUGUAAUUUUCAUUUUAAAUGUAGCUGUUUAAUACCUAGUGUCUUAUGGCACCGUGACACCAGCUAACAACUGUGCCCUUCAGAUGCUGUUCAUCCUGCCUUUUAGAAGUUGGGUAUUUGACAAUAAUCGAUCCUUGACAUUUUGUUUUGAUUAUUAUCACUGUUAUGUUUGUCUAAUGACUUUAUCCGAGACAACAUUAUUUACUUACAAUUUUUUUUCUAUAGUUUGAAUAAAAGCAGUUCACAUGACAUGCAUAGGCUUACACAUUGAGCCAGUUGUAGGGAUUAUGAUACCAGCUGUGGGUUUGUGGUACAAUGCCUUAACCAUUAAACUGAUAGAAGAAUGGGAAUAUUUUAUUUGCACCUUAACAAUUUUCUGAGUUAUGCUGUCCAUUUAUUUACCUUUUGCCCAUUUCAACCCGAGUUUUUAAUAAGACCUGGACAUAAGACACUCGUUUCAUGAGCUGCACGUGAAGAAGCUAGAAGAAGGUCAUUAACAGGGUUGGACCAACUGUCAUGGGGUUUACUGACCAGUGCCUUAGCCACUAGUUUGCACUCCAUUGUAGAAAGCCAAAUGUUAAAUAUGUACAGAUUGUGCAAUUUAUUUCAUGGAUGGCUUACCCAAACUGCAAAAACAUAUUUCAGAAUGUGCAUCAUUUGACACCCUACUUGAGUAUUGGGGCGCAAAGCAAAACCCCUUUUUAACAUUUGUAUGCAUUUCAUUAUUUAUUCCAGCUGGACAAGUCUUAUGACCAGUUAAGCUCCAGUCUCCUUGACGUUGUGCCACAGAUAGGCAGCUGUGAAGGCACUGUGAUCCAGGAUGCCAUGACAUCUGGUAGUUUGUAAUCUUCCCUCUUGGCUUCCAUGUCAAAAAUGAAAAGGAGAAUGUGCUGGGGAGUGAGGAGCUUCAUUUGGCAUCUUAUCUUACCUUGACUGCCUGGGGCUAUUUCUAGGGGCCAAUGUGUCCACAUUAACCUUUAUUAUUGGCUGCAUACCUGGAUCUCUGUGGCUGGAAUGGCUUCCGAUUUAAAAUUAAAAUAAUUCUUUCCUCUCAACUGUAUAGUGAAUUUUAUUGCAGGUUUCUAUGUUGCUAACCUAUGCAAUCCUAGUGAACACUUAGACAAAGUGAUGUAUUCAGUAGAUGUUUAGCCUAGUCAGUAGAACAAACUACUCUCUGUUGACGUGAUCAUGUAUCCAGUGUGUUUUAAAAAGAAAAAAAAAACCUGCAGUGAUGCCCAUUUCCCAGUGUGGAGCGAUGUACAAUUCAACAUGUAUCUUCUAUUUUUAUUAAAUGAUUAUAAAAAUAAAUCAAAAAAAUGAUGUUAAAUAAAGAUGUACAUGUAAAUGUAA